AUGACCCCCGCCGGCCUAGCCCGUCCCGACCAGCCCGCCAUCGCCGCCCUGGUCCCUGUCCUCCAGAUCCUCGACAGCUUCAACCACCGUAACAAGAACCAGCACCGCGUCGCCCGCUGGUGGGCCCGGUUCGACGUCCUGCGCCGCUCCGCCAGACGUCUCCACGACGCCCUCGAGGCCCGCGCCCGUCACCGCCACGCCCAGAGCUUCAAGGCGCCCUCGAAGAAGUCGGCCGGCAGGCCCAGCCCCGGCACCGGCACCAGCAACGGGGACCGUCGGGGCAAUGCGUUAGACGAGGAUGUCACUGCGAGGGUGCGGCUACUGCUCGACACAACCAUCCCGUCGUCGUUCUUUCAGUUGGCAGCAGACGGCCAACAUGCUGCCCUAGGCCUGGUCUUGCUGGGCGUCUUGGCCCGUAUAAACUCGGCCAUUGCGCCCCUGGCCCCCCGGCAGCCCGAGAGAGGUGAUGAGACGCCCAUGGCCAACCCGCCAGCGAGCCAUGAUGCGGUCGUAGCCAAUGAAGGCCAGGCGAAUCCAGAGCCAAUGGGCCUCGGCGUGGCCGUUUCUCGAGACCAGAUGAAGUUGGCCGCUAAACCCCUAGCGCGUCAUCCAACAAAAGACGACGAAGCUGUCGCGCCCGUUGCAAGCAAAAAGAAGCGCAGGCUAGCGGAUGCCCCCACCACUGAGCCUGAACCCAGCAAGCCGGCCAAGGAGAGAAAGUCGGAGAAGAAGCCCGGCAAGAAAAAGUCCAAAAAGGGCGACGAGUUUUCGGAUUUGUUCAGUUCGCUCAUGUAG